GAGCGCGAGAAUUCCACGCGGGCGGACGGGGCGGAUGAACGAUAUCGGUGGUGUCUUGUCGGUGUUAUUCAGGUGUCGAAAAGAGCGAUAAGAACUAAAUUCGUUUCGAAAUACUGAGAACAAAAUGUUCGCGGCGACAAGAGGCUCAAUUAGCAUUUAGAAAAGCCGCUUCGUCAUCGCGAUCCCAUCAUUAAACUCCCUAUAGAUGGAGGAGGACGUACUGAAUGCCCUGCAGACGCGCAGUGCUUACUUAUCCGGCGGAUUCGAUCGCCAGAAGCGCAUCAUCUUCGUUGUCAACGCGUUCAACGAUCUGCAGCUGUGGAAUCGCCGUUAUCUGCAGGUGACUCUGGACUAUCUGAAGCGGUCUCUCAGCGCUUCGGUUUUACAGAAUGGCGUGAGUGUGGUGGUCAAUGCCCAGGAGAGCAGUUCGCGGAUAUCGCGGCAGCAGGUGCGCCAGAUUUACGCCCUCUUUGGGGGCGACAUCAAUGUGGAUCUGUAUCUAGUCAGGGCGGAGGGCUUCUGGGAGAAGCAUGUGGAGCCGUGCACCAAGUCCCAGGUCAAGGGAGAGCCGCUGGUGCUGUCGAAGGCGAGGCUGUUCAAGUUCAUAGAGCCGCAGAACCUGCCCGAGGAACUGGGCGGCACCUUGCAGUUCAACUACGAUCUGUGGCUGCAGCAGCGCAAGUCCAUCGACGAGUUCACCAAGUCGCAUGUGCAGACUUUGUCUUCGAUGGAGAAACUGUUGGCUCUUCUGCGGGAACACAAGUCUCUGCGGCCGGCGGAAGCGGAUGUGGAGCUGAAGAAGUGCGCCCAGAUGCAUGCCGGUGUGCAAAACGACAUAGAGUCCGCCAUCGACUUGGGUAACGCGAUCUUGGCCCGCUUCAACGAGGUCUACGAGACGCAUUCACCGCCGUCACAAGCGGUCGCACCUGCCUCGGAGUCCCCUGCGGGUCCCCCGCCCAUCGCUGCCCACUCCGCCAGUGCAGGUUCCCCCCAGAAGCCCCUCCUGCCACCCGAUCUCGUCUGUGAACGCGCCCGCAUCGAGUUGCGAUUGAAUGAGAUCGAAAAGAAGCAGACGGCUAUCCGGACUGCAUGGCUGGAACUACUCCGAUCUCUGAGGGAGGCACGCGAACUCAGCACUUUGGAGGAGGGGGUGUCCUUCGUCACCAAUUGGAUCCUGCAGGAGGCCGAGCUGUUACUCAGCCGCCAAAGGAGCGUUGCAGGUGAUAUUAGGGGAUGUGAGGCCCUGCGUUCUGCUCACGACCAACUGGAACUGGAGUGCCGGGAAACCUACGGUUGCUAUGCAGAGCUGCUCUACAAGAUCGAAAAGUUUGUCGCCGAAAGGCAGGCAUCUUCAAAGGAUAUGGACCGAUGCCAGGAUCUUCUCUCGCAGCGAGACUUCAUGCAGUUUGUGUGUCGCUCCUUUGCAAAACGAUUGGAGCGACGAAGAAAUGUCCUGAUGACCGCCCUGAGGUUCCAUCGCCUCCUCGAUCAAUUUGAGGAAUUGCUUGCUACCGGUAACCAUGUGGUGGAGGUGGACAGUCGAUCGCUUGACUGGCCCGAGGCGGAGCAGCUACUCAUGCAGCUCAAUAACAACCAGGAAAUGUUGGGCCACGUCGAGCGCGAACUUGUGCGUGAAGGUGAAAAGCUGAGCGACAUGCUGGCCAUGCCGGUGAAAGACGCUCUGGGCCGUGACCUCCAGCUGGACUACAGUGCCGAGAUCGCCCAGCUGCGCAGGCAGAUCGACGAGAGCCGGCGUCGUUGUCAGGUGUGCGGACAUCGACUGGCGCUGCAGCGGCUCACCUUGGAGCAGGUGACCCACAUCCACGCCUACGAGGAGGACGCGCGGCGGGCGCGGGACUGGCUGCAGGAGUUGUAUGCCGUCUUGCUGCGCUGCCACUCCCAUGUCGGCUGCAACAUCCACGAGAUUCAGCUGCAGAAGGACGAGUUGCAGGGGUUCGAGGAAACCGGACGGAGCAUCUACCACUAUGGCUGCCAAUUGCUGGAGGCUUCCCAAACGCUGCGCCUCUGCUGCAAACUGGAACCAUCAGCAUCUAGGUCACAAAGCAAUCCCAGUCAGGGUUUCAUUAGUGACGAACUGCAGCACACGUGGCACAGUCUGCAGUCCGUGGCCCAGGAGCAAAUGACCAGACUGCGCGUCUCCGCCGUUUUCCACCGCAGUGUGGAGGCCUAUUAUCGCCAGCUGAGGGAACUUCAGCCCCUUUUGACCAAGGAACUGUCCGCCCAACUGCAGCAGCAGCAGAGACAGCAGCACAACCGAAGCAGCAGUGGAAUAAGUAGCGAUGCCGAGGCAGAAUUGGAAUCGGAGCUGUCUCCUUUGGGGGAGAUGCCUCCGCGACUGCAGAGGCACUUGGUGGCCAGGGAGCAACUGCUCGUCGAAGUGGGCAGAAUGGUCAGACUGGGAAGACUGCUGAAGAAGCGACUCAAAGAGCCCUUCGUUCUGGACGCAUUAACAGGAAAGAGUGUAGUGGCCGAUGAACUACCCCUGGAUUGCACUGCACCAAGUCCACUCCACGACAGUGGAAGGACCAGCAGUGCUGGAAGCGAGAUACCCGGGGAAUCCCUGCCAGCCACUGUGCAAGUGGUGCCCACAGGCAGCAACGAACUGGCCUGCGCCGCCAUUUCCCACAAGCUGGGAGCCAUUGCCGAGGUGGCCGAGUCCCUGGACGCAGUCAUCCGGGAUGUCCAGCAGCAGGAGGGCGUCGUUAGCAAUGGAAUCACCAAUGGCACUGGAGGACAUGUCAUCAAAAAAUUGGGAAGCAUUGAGGACUGGCAAUCCCGCUCCACCGAGGACGAAUCCUUCGCCACUGCCUCCGAAGGCAACUUUACGCCGAACUCGCACUCCUCAUCCUUUCAAACAGCCUCGGGACGCACUAGCUCCUACAUAGGAUCGGCAAAGAACUCCUUUGAUGAGGCGGACGACUCAACUUUGAGCACAUUCGAAAUACCCGAACUACCACCUUCGCCAGUCAAUAUGUCCUUCGAUAGCUCCGAAAUUAGCUACUUCUCCGCCCGUCAGCAGAGGAUGAAAAAUGAGGAUCAGGACAGUGUGGCGGGCGUGGCAGAGCUGCAUAGUCAGAGUGUAACGCCCACUCCGAACGAGGAGCAGCAACACCUGCUCCUGCCACUACCAUUGCCGCAGGCCAUCGAAUCGGACAGCGAGGUGGAAGGAUUCAGUUUAGCCACUGGCAUUACGACGGAGCAGGUGCCGAGGAUGUCCAACGCCCACACGCCGGAGAGUCCGGAAAAGAUCUACAUCAAAGUGGUAGAACUGGAGCCGAAAAUCACAGCGCUUGGGGAUAAUCUGGAUGAAUCUCUGCGCAUGCAAAGGGAGCAUGAUGAAACUCUUCGCAAUCUACAGAGCCUGCCGGGACCAAUGGAUGAGUUCGUCCAGAAGGCGGACAAGCUGUUGGCCAGCAAGCGCAUCAGUUCCGAACUGGUCAAUGCCAUGGCCGAUACGCUCAACAUCAUUUGGCAGGACAUACUGAAUCUUCUGCAGGAUCGUCAACACCUGCUGAUACUAUGCACACAGUUCCACGAUAAGAUGACACAGUGCUUCAGGAAGAUGGAUCAACUGGAAAUGGCCUGCGAGGAGACACUCCAUCCACCGGAUGUGCCCCGUGUCCAGGAAUUCCUGAACAGAUUCAAGCAGCUGAGGAUAGACAUGCUCACCGGUGUGAUGGCAGCCCUGAAAGAUGGCAACGAGCUGCUGGCCCAGCUGGAGGAACUGGAAAAGCUGGAGACUCUCGACACAAGACCGGAACACAUUAAACGAGAUGCUACGAGGGCAGUUCACCAAGUUCAGCAGUGGUUGGAGGCCCUGCAUGACCGCAGAAACUCCCUGGAACUCGCCUGGCAGACGAGGAAAAUCCAAAUGGAGCAGUGUCUGGCAUUGGCUUUGCUGGGCAGAGAAUUAGUCGACCUGGAGGCCGCUCUCCAGCAGGCCAGGAUGAAGCUGAAUACCAUGUACAGCCUGGGCGAGUGUGAACACACAGCCAACGAGAUGCUCACCAAAUACAGGGAGUGGAAACAACAGGCCCUGCUCCUCCGGGAUCGAGCUCUUAAGAUCACGCGAGCCAAGGAGAAGGUUCAAUCCGCUGGUCACUUCACCGAAGAGGACGCAUGUGCUAAGGCUUAUGCGGUCUUGAGUGGCUGCACAGAGCACUUAGAUCUGGUGGACCAACGGGAACACUGGCUGCAUCAGUCCCGGGAGUUUUUCGCCAAGGCUGAACACACUGUGAGUGUCCUGGAGAAACUAGAACUGGAGCUGACCAGCGUGAAGCUGCCUCCCCAUUCCCCGGAGAGUUAUGCCAUGUACUCCAAAGUGGAUCGCGAUGUUCGCAACUUUACCGAGGAACCUUUGCGCUUGGGUUACGGCAUUCUCGACGAAGUGGGUCGCACUCAGCCGGAGACUCAAGGUGUGAAGAGAGUCCUUGAUGAGUUGGAAAACAGGAAAGUUUACAUCCAGGGCAUCUGUGCCAACAGCAGCGAGGAUCAGCAGAAGGUUCAGCGAGCACUGAGCGAAUUCCUGAGCCAUCACAAUGAGCUUUUGGCCUGGCUAAGAGCAUCCGGCCAACACCAAUUGCAGCAGAGCGUGGAUAUGGGAGAAAAUCUGCUGCAGGCCAAGCAGUUCCUUCUCCAGCACCAUGAACUCAUGCAAGAUUUGGAGAUAAAAGGCGAACUGAUCAACCUGCUGCUCGAAUCCAUCAAGGUCCAUCUGGAGUCCCUGAGUCCGCAAGAGCGCUACGAUGUGGACUCCAAGGCGGAAUCCCUGCACAAGCACUGGAUCGAACUUAAGGACCUGGUUCUGAAGCGCGUGGAUUAUGUGUCCCUGCUGAUAGACUUCUUUGAGCUGGCCAACGAGCUCUCCAGCCAGUUGGACAACUUGCAGCGCCAGCUGCAGCAAACUCCAGACGAACACAAGCUGCAAUUCCUCCAGGCCACUUGGACGGGCAUCGCAUCCACCUUCGGCGAACUGAAGUCCCGUGGACAGCGAUUCAUCAACCUAAAAAUUGUGGAUCCAUAUCUCGAGACCAAAUCCUCGGCACAGGCGGUACAAGAGACGCUGAACGACUUCAGUAAGCGGCAGGUCGACGUGACGAGCAGUUUGGAGAAUUGGACAACGAGCAUUGCGGAGAAGCGAGAAGUCGAAUACCUACUCGAGAAAGUCAUGAGCGACAACGAGGAGACCGUGGCCAAGAGCACCCAGGUGGACACGCAGUUAUAUCCCGUAUUCACCUCCCAGAGCGUGGACUCCAAGCAGCUGCUGAUCAGCACCCGCGAGAAGCUGUCUAACGUGACCCAGGACAUCGAAAGGGCCCAGGAUGAGAUACAGCAGCGCAUCCAGACCACGCUCGGCAUCCAGACCAAGGAUCAGCCAUCGCUGGCCAAGAUCGAGCAGGUGAUCAACAACCUGCGCAUGCUGAAGGCCAAGUUGGAUGGCAUCAAGUACGACUAUCGCACUUUGGUGGAGAGCGUGGUUCAGUUCCUGGAGAACAUAGUGCAGCUGCGCCGCGAAAUCGACGACUACUUCGCCAGGCAGCAGAAGGAACCCGCAUCCGGCGCGGAUCGCAGCAUCGCUGAGCACGAGAAAUUCCGCGAUCAGUGCAUGGAUAAAUUUAGAUCGCUAAUCACACAAUCCGAACUGCUGAUCGAUCGGGUGCGCGUACUGGAACCGCCGGGAGCUCGCGAAAUCGACACCGACCGCAUACUGAAGCUACUCGAGAACCUGCGCCUGCACUUCGAGUCCAACAGCAGUGCACGCAUGUCCACCCUGGAGCGUCUGGAGAAGAUCGAGCAGUUCCGCUCCGAUCUCGAGGACAUCGAUCGCAGCCUGGACAGCGUCAGCCAGCAGCUGCACGAGAUCAACAACCAGAGCGUCGACAGUCUGGCGGCGGCCAAGACCACGUCGCUGGCGUUUGAGUAUUUUGAACGGACCAUAGAGCUGCUCGAGAAGCGGAUCGAGAAGUUUACGGAGUCCACGAGCCAACAGCUCUUUAUUACCAAUCCCGAGAGCGAGCGGUACGUCAAGGACGAGCUGCGGAAACUCAACGACAAAUGGCAGAGCUUCAAGGAUCAAGUGAAGCAGAAACGAAAGAGCCUCAACCAGGCGACCGACUUCUUCGAGGUGGUCGAAAAGAUCGACGCGGAGUACCGUGAGAUUAGCUACUUCUACACCAGCGUGUCCAACAAGGUUCCAUAUCUGCGCGACUCAGUGGAAGCAGGAAAUUUGGUCAAUGAUAUCGAAAACUAUGUGACCAGUCGGGAGGCGGCUCUGCGCUCCAAGUUGGAUAGUGCCUCGCAAUGUGCCCACGAUAUGAACAAGGUGUCGUCCUUAUACAACGACGUUAUGAACAUCUUCCAGUCCUUCAUCAAGCUCAAGAUGGACAUUAAUGUGGUGCAGGAACGGCUAAAGCAAGAACAGCGCCAGAAGGAGCAAAGGGAACGGGAUGCUCGUGACCAAGCCGAAAGGGAAAAGGCUAUAAAGGAAGCGGAGGCCAAGGAAAGGUUGCACAGAGAGGAGCAAUCCCGCCUAGAAAACCAGCGCCAGCAGGCUGCCAUUGAGCAGGCUCAAAGGGAAUUGGCAGCCAGAGAAUUGGCUCUGAGGGAGCAAGCUGUCCGGGAGGAGGAGGCCAGAUUGCAGGCCAUUCGGGAGCAGGCCACGCGGGAACAAUUGGCCAGGGAACAGGCUGCCCGGGAGGAGGAGCUGCGUAUCCAAUCGCUCAGAGAUAUUGCCCGCAGGGAAGAGGAAGUGCGUCUCCAAAACAUCAGGGAUGAGGAAACCCGCAUUCGCCGCGAGGAGGAGGAUCGUAUCCGUAGAGAAAACGAGUCACGAUCCAAACGCGAAGAGGAAGCCCGCAUUCAGCGCGAGGAGAUUACCAGACUCCAGACCCUACGCGAUCAGGUGGACCAGCAGCGAAUUGUCACCGAAAACAUUCGAAAGGACAUUCAGGUUAACUCCAUUUUCACGGAGCUGCGAUAUGCCUCUCCGCUUUUCACUCGGCCUCUGAAAGAUGCAGUUACCCGCGAAGGCGACCGAUUCGUCUUCGAAUGCGAGGUGACGGGAACUCCAGAGCCCGCCGUGGAAUGGUUCAAGGAUGGCAUCAGUAUCCAAACAAAUUCCGAUUAUAAGACCACCUUCGAUAAGGGAAUCUGCCGAUUGGUGAUCGAAGAGACAUUUGCCGCAGAUUCAGCACGCUUCAGUUGCCGUGCUUCGAAUUUGGUGGGUACUUGCGAUACUAAUGCCACUUUAUCCGUCCGGGAAAAUGCCGCCGAAGUGCAGUUGGUUCCACCACGGAUCCUUCGAUUCUUGCAGAGCGGCAAGGCCACCGAGGGAAGCUCCUUUCAGUUUGCUUGCGUGGUGGCUGGAGUUCCCUUGCCCACUGUUCAGUGGUUCAAAAAUGACAAGUGCAUCGACGAUUCUCCGGAUUAUGUGAUCAGCUACAACAAUGGAGAGGCCACUCUGAAGUUCGAGGAGGUCUUCUUGGAGGACGACGCGGUGUACACCUGCAGUGCCUCCAAUCCGGCGGGCAUUGAACAUUGUUCGGCUUCUCUGAUUGUGGAACCUCUGGAACCCACAGAGCUACCCAGUUUCAAGGUUCCCCUUUCGAAUGCCAUGGCUCGUGUGGGUCAGAAAAUCAAGCUGGAGGCCAUCGUUGGCGGAAUUCCCAGGCCAGAAGUCUACUGGCUGCACAACGGCAAACCCUUCCAGCCGCGCGAUUCCAAAUACGAAUACGGCCGCGUAACGCUGAUAAUCCCGCAGGCUUAUCCCAACGACGCCGGAUCCUACGUCCUGAGCGCCAAGAACCUGGCUGGCGAAGCCUAUACCAGUUGCAACGUGAUAGUAAAGGGUCGACUGCCCAACGAAACCUCCGAUUCCGAGAUGGCCAGCGAUAUUGAACCGAUCAAGCCCGCCGUGCACUUGCCCUUGAAGGAUGUCUCCAUAUUCGAGGGUAAACCAGUGAGGCUGGACUGCGUGAUUGUGGGUCAGCCCGAGCCCGAGGUCAUCUGGUACCACAAUGAGCGACCUGUCAAGGAGUCCGCAGAUGUUCAGUUGCUGUUCCAAGGAGACAGAUGCUCCCUCAUCAUCCAAGAGGUGUACCAAGAAGACGCAGGACACUACAAAGUGGUGGCCAUUAAUUCGGCUGGCGAAGCUUCCAGUAGCUGUGAACUCAAGGUUACUCCUCUGAAUCAAGCGGAACCUGCCACUCGGGCGCAGGCGGAGAGGCAAUCCUUACCGAAAGACUCGCAGCCCAAGUUCGAGAGACUUCUAUCCGAUGUCUUGGCCGAUGAAGGCGAGCAAGUGGUUCUCGAGGUGCAGGCCAGUGGUGAUCAACCCCUGACGGCACAGUGGUUCCUGACCAACAAGGAACUCCUGCUGAAUCAGAGAAUAACUACACAAUCCGACUCUGAACUGGGAGUCUUUAAGCUCAUCCUGAACAACGUGAGUGGCGAUGACAAGGGAGUGUAUACUGUUAAGGUGACCAAUCCAGCGGGAGAUGCCAAAUGCUUUUCGCAUCUCAUUGUGAAGUCCGUGAAUGCUCCCGAAAACCGUAGAAGUAGCCAAUCAUCGGUUGAAAUCAUAGAGCGUCACCAGUGUCCCGAAUUCAAAGAACUGUUCAGUGACAAACAAGGUGAAAUCGAUGAGGUUAUCAAGUUCGAGUGCAUCGUCAAGGGCAAGCCCACACCAAAGGUCCAUUGGUUCUUUAACGAUCAACCCGUUCACGGUCACAAUUUCCUGGUCUCUACAAGUGGGGAACGUCAAGUGCUAACCAUUCAGAAGUUAACCCACGAUGCAGUGGGCAAGAUCAGCUGUGUGGCUGAGAAUGAGGCGGGCAAGGCCACCUGUGUGGCCUUUUUGAAUAUCCGAGGAAGUGGUUUGCCCGCAUCCAGUGAUGUUCAGACCGUGAGCCAGGAGCACAACACCGAAUCCUCGAGGGUCACGAUCAAAAAGCAGACCUUUACCACCACUUCCACAUCGCAGGUCAAUUCCUAUGAGGGAAAUGCUCCUCAAACCGAGGUUCAUCACUCCUCCGCCCACAUCGAUCAGUCCCUAAAGCAACUUGGACAGCAACGGCCGGAGAUCGUGGAGAGUCAUCACUAUCAGGAGUUGCACAAGAGCAAGGAGAUGAGCAGCCCCAGUGUGCAGCAAAAGUCCUUCAGCUUUAUUCAGUCCAGUGGAGCCAAUGGACAAUCCGCAGUAGCUAUACCGGACUCCCCCACUCGCCUUAGACGAGAAAUAGCUCCCAGGUUCACCACUCCCCUUAGUGGUAAAAUCGUGGAUCAGGGUGCCGAUGUCAGCAUGGAGGCCAUUUACGAUGGCUUUCCUUCGCCCGAGAUCAAGGUGGAGAAGAACGGAGGUCAGCUGUUCGAGGAUGCCCACACUAGGAUCUCCAACAAGUGCAAUCGCGUGACCAUCGAACUCAAACAGGUGGGCGUGGCCGAUGCGGGACGCUACGCGGUGACCGCCUCCAAUACUGUGGGUCAAUCCACCAGCACAGCGGACUUGGUCGUUAAAAAGACCAUAUUCCCGCCUGUUUUUGGCCGACGUCUUCAGGCUCAGGUCAGCAAGAAGGGCGAGAAGCUCACCAUGGAGGUGGAGGUCACCGGGUUGCCCGAACCUACGGUCACCUGGCUGAAGGACGAUAAGCCACUGAAGGAUGCUGGAAUUUCCGAGCAUCGCUUGCUAGCCCAGGGCAACUCCUACAGGCUGAUCAUCGAAAAGGCGCAAACCACGGACUCCGGAAAAUACAUGGUUCGCGCCACAAAUGCGGGAGGUGAGGCCAAGAGCAUUGCCGACUGUGCCAUCCUGGAGCCUUCGCCGGAGCGCUUGCAGGAGGUGGUCAAGACGAUUGUCUAUGAGACGGGUCCUGUGGCCCCUGUGGCCAGCGAAUUCAAAACCGAAGUGCAGAAUCAAAGUCAGAACAGCGAAAACCAACAGUCUUACCAGAACAGUCAGACCGAAGUGACUAGUGCCAAUGAUCUCCACGGUCUGUCCGAGUCGAAAGUGAUCACUGAGCAUCGUUGCACCACCGAGGCAACCAUGCGUCUAGAGCACAAAUCGAACUACCUGGAUCUGCCCGAGCUGACCUCGCGACCCAAGACACCAACCACAAACGAUACUAUCACCAUCACCACAAACACUGCCACUGUCAGCAUGGAUCAGCCAGAUCUGACACAUCCCACCAUCUCCACCACCUCCACCAAAGCCCCACCGCCAGUGCCACCCAAACCCUGUACGCCAGUGGUGGCCACCACCUUUGGCCAACAGCAGCAACCCCCGCAGACGCUGACCAGCACCAGAUACGAGCAGAGCGAGCACAAGUCAACCACCUCGUCCUCAUCGUUCGACUACUUCAAGAAGAUCGAUGAAGAGACCAUCAUCCAGCGACCGAAUCCAUUAACAUUUAAGCCCCUGGAGACUGUCGUACGACAGCCUCAGGCACAAUCUCUGGCGGAGGAGCUCAGGAGUCUUAACCUAAUACCAGGAGAUGCUCCAGAGUUCUGUUACUCACCGAAAACCGAAAGAAGCGAACCCAAGAUACCCCUAAUUACUGAGAAAAUCAAGAUACUUUCCGAAGUCCAGCCCAAGGAGCCACCACCACAGGGUGGUGUACCGGUCUUUCCACCACCUCUGGGUCUCCAAACAGUGCAACACGAAAGCACAACCACAAAGGAGGUAAAGGUGGAGUAUGGACAACCAAUUGUGCGCCCUGCGGCGGUGUUAGCUACUCCUGCCCAGCAGAACCCACGCUCACCCUCUCCAAAACCCUCCGCCGAAGGAGUGGCCAUGUCAAGAUUAUGGACACCAACUGGGGUUACUGGUUACACCAGUGAUGUAGAGCAGAAAUCGGAGAAAACAGUAAUCUCCAAGCUGGCCACACCAACUCCAACCAAGGAGCUGAAUGCACCCUUCCUGGUAAAUCAGAUAGCAAAGAGCAUACCUGCGACAACUGCUCCCGUAACGCACUUGGUGAAUGUGGAACUGGAACCAGGCACACCACCAGAGAUUUGCUUUGCCCCCAAGGUAGAAGAAACUCGUCGUCGCUCUUUGGUCGAAACUAUGGAGCAGAAGCUCGAACAGAAUUUGAUCCAAGGACCCAGCAAGGUUUUGCCGCACUCGGUGCCCACCCUUACACCAAACACUGCACCACAUGUUCAGCCUAAGCCUUUGGGUAACACCACUUACAGACCACCACCUCCUGUUCUUCCCACCCGAUUGGGAGUCUACGAAAGCGACUAUGAGAGUGAUCGGUACAAGUAUAGUGGCAGUGAAUCGGAUGUGGAGCCCGGAAUUCGCAAGCAGCCACAACUGAACACCAUGGAGACUUCCUUUAAGUCCAGUGGCUACACAGCUGAUACAGAGGAGCAUUCUAGCUACCGCAAAUCGGAGUCAAGUUUCUACGAAACCAAGUCAUCGUCCACUGUGGGAGGCGCACCACCGCAAACGCAAUUCCCGAAGUUGCAGCCUGAGCCACCGGCACCGAUUUACUUCACGCCGAAGCCACAACCGCAGGUGCAACCUCAGGUGCCACCACCUCAAUCGAAUGUUAGCAGUCAGGAGGCGAAGGGCUACAAGUACACCUCCUCGAGUAUGACCAGUAACUACUCCCACAACAUGCAAAGCAGCAGCAGCUCCUCCCAUCACGAGACCAAGUUCUCCUCAACGUCAGCACCGCCACCAGUGGUUACCUAUCCCAGUCCUAUUCCUGCACAGAGGAAAACCCCGGCGGCGGAGUUCAGUGACUACAGCAGUGAGAUUGACGAACGUUUCCGUUCCGUAUCCCGCGCCAAUGAAUCCGAUGCAGAGAUCAAGGGGUAUCGUGUGGUCUUUCCACCCACGCCUACUCCUCGUACAAACAUAGCCACCAAUGGCCACAAAUCGCCAGUAGUGGUAAUAACUCCAUCGCCAAUGGAAUUUGAACCCACUCCUCAGGACUAUGCCAGGCCCAAAUUUGAACCGAUUAGCAAGGAGAUACGCCAUGAAAUCAAGGCGGAGACUAGCUCCAAGCAAUCCAAGUUUAUGCAAAACCAACAGCAGAACCAGCCCGUCUUUAAGCCGAAACCUGUGGCUGCCAAGUUUAUAGCGGCAACCCAACAACAACAGCAGAAGCAGCCACAAGCCACAUCCCGUCCGACCAUGUACUACAAUGCUGUUGCUGGAGCUCCGAUGCACGUGGCCAAGGUGGCCACCGAAACCAAGAACGUGAUGCAGAUGCACGAGUCCACUGAGAGUUCACAGCGGGUGGUGAACAUGCAACAGACCAAGAGAAUAAUACAUUUUGAUAGUCCGCAGGAGCAGAGGGAUCAGCAGAUCCUGGAACCCUUCCCCUACAGUCCCGCCACCAGUCGUACGCCUUCAAGGCAAUCCCAUCUGCCACCGCCAGCCACGCCCACUAAAUUUGUGCCCGGAGAAUUCCGGGAGAGUGAUUACGAGAGCGAGGUUGAUGGAGCUCGCAUCCAACCACUGUGGUCUCCAUACGGCGAUGGUUUAACUAAAGGAUUUAGACGAGUGGCACCACCUCAAGGAGCUGGAAGAUCGUGCAGUCUGCCACGCACCUAUGAAAGGGUCCUGUCCCCCAUGGAAUUCGAUCGAGGUCCCGAGAUGCCCAGCAAAAUCCACGUGGAUAUAAACACCCUGAGGAAAGAGCAACGCGGGGGCAGUACAGUGACCACCCAAAAUCGUACUCAAUCCUUGAACAGGAACACCACCAUGAGGCAACAGCAGCAACAUCAGCAACAGCAACAGCAGCAGCAGUCCAUGGAUCAGAUUGAUAGGGCCGGAACUCUGCCCCGAUAUGGUUAUAGUUCCCUCCAACAGCAGGCAGAGAAUCAGGGUCGUCGCAUGGGCUCCACCUUCCUCCAGAAAUCGCAUCAGUUCGUCGACGAUGUAAGCAGGGAGGUCAGGAGCUCCGCUUCUAACGGCAUCCGUCCGGGUUUCAAAAGGGCUCCCAGUGAGGGCAGCAGCCAGCAACCCCAGGCCUUCCGGGAUGAGUCGCGCGUCUCUCAAUACGGAACCAAAUGCGUCGACCCCAAUACCGGUUUGAUAUACUUCAAGUAUGAUUUUGGCUAUGAAUUUGGCAUCCUUUUCCCUGGCGAGGGUCACAAGUUCGUCAGUAGCCAGUGGAACAGCAGUGGCAACAGCAAUAGCAAUGCCAAGCCAAUCCAAAAUGGACGUCACUCCCCAUAUCCUUUGAAACUUCCCCCCGGAAAUGAGCUGGUGAUUCCUGUUCAGCACGAGAGAUCCGCUCAAGGAUAUAGUUCAGAUAACGAGGUGCAGCGAAGGAGUCAGACCAGGAACUGGUCGACUACCAAGCCAAUGGCCCCACGAACUGUCAACAGCCAGAAGCGCUAUAGCCUGCCCAGUGGCCACAGCCUCUACAUCCACCUGGAUCGCCUCCAUGCCCAGGCACCUCGGUUGCCUCCGGAUCAGAUGAUCCGCACAGUGCCGGAGCUGCCCAAUACGGAACCCGUCAAUGCGCAUCUGAGUCGCGAUGAGCUGGCACAAAGGCAGCCAUUAUUCAUAACGCCGCUGAAAGACAUCGCGGUCGGAGUUGGAGGCACAGCGCGCUUCGAGUGCAUUGUGCAGGCCCAUCCGCAGCCGCAGGUCAACUGGACGCACAACGGCGGUCUCCUGGAGUCGGGUAGCAGGCACUGCAUCGAGUACCGGAACGGCGUGUGCCGACUAACCCUGCCGCAGGCCUAUCCGGAUGACAACGGCAGCUACGCCUGCACCGCCAUGAAUCCUCUGGGAGCGGCCACCACCAGCGGAAAUUUGACCGUUUCGAGCACAAACCGCGGCUUUAGAUACUAAGCUUGUUUAAAUGCAACUAUUAUUAUUAUUUGCUUUAUGAUUUGUUCAAUGCCAAAGUUUCGCCUUAUUGUGUGUAUGUAUUUACUGUGCCCGCGUCACUUAUUCGUUUUGUGGGCAGAUGGACUUACAAAAUGUCGCCCAAAACUACACAUUAUACAUGCAUACAACGAAGGAAUAUAGUAUUACUUGUGUUUUUGUCGAAAAUGAAAUAAACAAAUAUUUAAACGAAAAGGAA